AGCUAACGCCAGCUGCACCUAACGUUACCUAGCACAUAAGUAGCAUUGCUAACUAACUACUUAGUGUUAUAACUUUCUAACUAAGUUAGACAGCAGCAUAAGUUGUAUCUUGUGAAUUAUUGCGCCAAACGUACCUGUAGUCAUGUGUGCGCCGAAGAUGUCCUCUGGAUGCCAUUAGGACCGUAGAAAUAGAAUGAAUAAAACGGACUUGGAACCUCUAACCCUGGCAAUUUGACUGAGGGAAGUCAGAGGACCCUGAUGCCCCCUUCCCAUUUCACGGCAAGCACCCAGUCUGCCUCCAUCACAGUACCAGGGACUGCAACGGGACGAGGGACAACACCAAUAACAUGGGUCACCCAUGCCACAACACCACCAUCGGACUCUGGCCCUGCCAACCCAUGGCUCACCGUGGCUCAGGCCAAACAGGAAAUUCUAGAACUGCACAGAGAAAACCAGAGGAUUCUGAUGUUACAGGGAGACUGUCCCAGAGGAAGGAACUCAACAGAGGAUUCUGCCCACUCCACAGCAAGGUCUGGAGCAAGAGGUGAGCAGGCCUCCAGGUGGGAGACAGAAUGGAGCCUGGACACGGAGCGUUUCAGGUUAGAGUCAGAGAGGCUGAGAGGCCAGGUAGAGGCACUGAAGGAGAUUGCAGGGAGACAGAGAGAGGAGAUGAGGGACAAAGAAACUUCUCUGAACAGGCAGAGUCAUGAAAUGGAGGCGAUGCGUGAGGAGUUUUAUAAGACUAAGACUGAGCUCAGCCAAGUCAGUGUGGAGCUGGUCCAAAAGAGAGAGGAAAAAGAGAGACUCAGCACCCAGCUGGAGAUGCUGGAGAGGAAGUCUGGGGAGGAGGCUGAAAGGCUGAGGAGGGAGGUGGAGAGGAGCAGACAGGAAACCCACAGGCUGACCAGGGAGGGUGAUACAGCCAGGCUGCAGGCUGAGGAGGAGGCCAAGCAGGAGGUGCAGAAACUAAAGAAGCUACUGGAGGAAUCCCACAGGAGACAUGAAACACAGUUGCAGCAGUUGACUGCCACCCAUGACACUGAACUGUCCACAGUGAGACAGACAAGCUCUGAGGUGCAGGAGAGGUUAUGUCAACUGUCACAGGAGGUGACUCAUCUGAAGUGCUGUCUACUGGAGGUGUCUGCAGAGAGAGAUGGACUGAAAGAACAACUAAGCCAAAUGGCCAACGCUUUUGAGACCCAGUCAGCAACGUUGCAGAGUCUUAGAAACUACAUUGGACAACUUACCCCUGAGAGAGGGUUGGAAGAGAAACUAACUGAAACCAUUCAGACACUGAAUAGGGAGAAGGAGGCUCUGCAGGUGACAACAGAGCUUCUGACGGUCAGACUCAACUCUGUGAACGACAUAUUGGCCCUACAAGAGGAGGAGAUGGUUGAGAAGACUCUGUCAGACCCUCUCCUGAAGGCUGGGCCCAAAGGCACUCGGGUUCUGCGUCACUGGAGAGAGAAGGUCUUCAUGUUGUUGGUCCAGCUUCGCUCAAAGGAUAUCGAACUGAGGGGAGAAAAGGAUAAACUUCACUCAACCAUCUCGUCUCUGGAGCAGGAGGUGAAGAAGGAGAAGUACCAGUCCAGUGUGUUCCAGCACAGCCUGCAGGACAGAACAGCUGAGCUGGAUCUGGAGAGGGUGGCCAGGGAGGCCGUGGAGCAGGACGUGUCUAGGACUCGGAGGGAGAACAGAGAGCUGAAGAGCUGGAGUCAGGAGGCUGGGGCUGGACUGAGGACCAUGACAGAUGAUGUCCAGCGAUUCAGUAAGGCAUUUGAGGCUAAGAUGUCAGAGGUGGAGACCGUCCAAAUACGUCUGAACAGCUUUGGCCAGAGGCUGACCUUUGCCAAAAGAAGAGUGGACACAAUUCAAGGUCUAAUGAUGAGGAUGGAGGCCCUACGGAGAGUGCAGCAGGCCACUAAAGCAGCCAACCCUGUCUCUGAGCGUGCCGCUGUCACAGAGCUCCAGGCAGAGCUGGCCUCGGCGUGUGAGGAGAGAGACAAGCUCAGGCAGGAGCUCAAGAGAACCCCCGAGCUCAUUGAGAGUGCCCUGGCUGAUGUCCGUGAGCAGUUCGACAGUGAGGUGAGGCAGCUGAGGCAGGCUGCAGAGCGAAGCAGGGGAGAGGCCCAGGAGGCCCAGGCAGCCAGAGAGGAGGCCCAGCAGAGGCUGCAGGAGGCCCACACACAGCUAGAGGAGAGCAACUUCAGCCUGGAGCAGCUCCAUGAACAGCUGAUCAGCCAACAGGAGGCCAGUGACAGAGCCCUGCAGGAGAGAGUGUCUGAGACAGAGGAUCACUGUGCUCAGCAGCUUAGAGUGAUGGAAUCUCAACUCAACAUGGCCAGAAGAGAACACACCAAAGCAGUGGUGGCCCUGCGUCAGUUUGAGAGACAGGCAGAGAGAGAGCGGGAGCAGGAGAGAGAAGCACAACGCCUUCAGAGUGAACACACCAAGAGAGAAAUCCAGGAUCUACAGAAACUACUGCAAGAAAAGGACAAGGACAGAAACCUACUUUUGGCGACUGUACGUGAGAGGGGUCUGAUGAGUGAGUAUAAGGCAGCUCGGACCACAGCCCUUCAGACUUCUGUGGCCUUGGAGGAGCAGCAGAGACCCUUAAGGAAGAGCAACACUCUGAGAGCCAAAGACAAGCCACAGACCAGAGACUCGCUACUGUCAGUGCUUGGGGACCUCCAGACUCUGAGUGCUGCAGUGGUCCACAGCUCAGAAGACGAUGCAGAGUAGGGGGGACAGGGUGGGGCAUUCCAGAGCCACAGGGGACAAUUCACUAAAGUGACGGUCCGCAAACAGUACUAGGAACUUUGUUGCUGCAUUUUAAUUUACUUUUUCUCUUUUGAGAUUUGAACUUUUCAAGUCUCAAAUCUUAGUUUUUUUAUACACUUCAUGACUAAUUGACAUUUCAUUACAUACAUGUAACUCCAUUUUGAUGGUAUUAUGUGAGUGGAUGAUUUAGUGCUUUCUUAAUGUCUAUAACAUUGCACUGCAACAUUACAACAUUGUCGACACAACAGCAAUGUUCCCACUUUGAAAUUGAACCUUGCAUGACUUGAGGUCUUGAUUGGCCAAGAUGAAAUGCAUUAGAUUGUUUAAGAUUGCGUGGAUCUGCUUAAUGUUAAUUGACUCAGAAAAGGAAAGGAAUGUCCUCUAGCUUAUACUUGAGAGUUACUAUUUCUCAGCUUUGGCUGACAGGCUCCGGCCGGAGGAGAGGCUGACUGACUGUGAUGAGUUCAUAUAAGGUAGGCGGGCGUGUGGCCUGUGAUCCCAGUCUAAUCAAUAAGUCAAUGUGCUUUCUCCCGGGGCCUCACAGCAUGACAGGAAAAUCACAUGAAUGGAUAGCUUCGUUCAAAACAGGCUUGUGACCCUGAGUGCUCUGAACUGUAGCACUGGAGACAUGAGGUUGACCUCUGCUGAUUGUUCUGUAGUCUUGCUAAUGGUUUUGUUUAUGAAGACAUGGAUCAGCAUCUUCUUUGACAAAUUAUUAUUUUUUUUUUUUUAUUCAAUAAAUUAUAUUGAUAUUUAAAACGUUCAUAGUGUCUGGGAUGUGCAGUUUUGAAAGAACUUAAAAAGAAAAGAAAUGUGGGCCGUUUGUCCUCCAUUAAGGAAUGGAGAAAUUGUGACAGUAUGUGAAAACUCAUUCCAGAGAAUCAGGAGCAGAUUGUGAGAUGAUCAGAUGGCUCUUACUUAAAGUGACCUGGUGAAUCACAGUCCAUCAGAAGCUGUCAUCGCCUGGUUUUGACUAUAAGUGAAAGUCAGGCCUAACUGGGAGAGAUGUUCAAUUUAGUCACUAUAUUUAGUGUUAUGAAAGUGCAUCCCCUUUUACGUUUUAAUUAUAUAUAUUUCCACUAGCUGGAUAAAGGAGUGACCAAUUGGCUCUCCAGAAAAAUAACCUGGACUGCAGCAGAGAACAAUACACAGAACACCAUUACAGUUUCAUGCAAUUUAUGCAGCACUAAUUGGGACUGGGGCUGUCCAUGCCAACAACAAACUCAAUCAAGCAUAUCCAUCUGAGGCACAAUACAAACCCUGGUGUUGAGGUGCUAAGAUAACCAAGCUAUCUGUACAGUCUUGACUAGCUGUAAGUGGGAGAUGUGCUAGAUGCAAGGUAUCUCUGGCUAGUGUAACGGCAGACUGAGAUCGUGAAUGUGCUGGCUGUGCAAGUGAGAGUGCAUGAUGCAGGGUGAUUUGUUUCCCAGAAGGCUGUGCAGCAGCAACAGGACUGUCUGAUGAAUGUCUGCUUUAUCUGUACCCAGCAGUGUCCUCAUCACAGUGUCCUCAUCAGACCCCAGCAGCUCUAAGGCAUUGUUUGGUUUGGUGCAGAGAGGACCCCUGACGUUACUUUUAUCCUAUGCAGUUAGGGGUGCCAUUUUCCAUUCCAGUGUCCUCUCUCUCUGUCAGGUUAAUGUUAUCACAGUGUAGUUUAACUACGGCUCACUGACACUAAUUACUUUGAUUAAUGUAUUGGUGAUGUCGUAUUCAUACACCAAUUGACAUGAAUAUUCUAUUUUCUCUACAUGUUAGCACUGUAAUGAUGAAAACAUUUCUGUCAUGUUCAAUGUGGGAUCGUCUUAUUAGGCCUAUAUCUCUGGAGGACUACCCAAUCCAUCUAAUUUAGUGGAUGCCCAUAAAUAUCUUUGGAUGGAGGCAAAUACUAACAUUAAACUAUGUAUGUACAGGUCUAUAGUAUAGUUUAAUCACAAAUGUAAUUGAUAAACACAAGUACUCUAGAUUCAACUAUUUUCUAUUUCACAUGCACAUUACCACCUGCAGCAACACUUUCAAACAGUAGAGGGCAUUGCUCUCCAAUAAAGAUUACAGACUGCA